CGACUGCGAUGCGUGGAUGCCCUAGGUCUUCUCCUUCCGUCCUCCCCAACAUUACCGGCCGCCGCCGCCCUUCCCCAUCCUCUUCCGCCGGCGAGGAAAGCAACUCGCCUGACAAUGCACGGGAAGCGUGACCCCCUCAUCGGCGAUCGUUGUCUUUCCGUCCUCACAGAUGAGAAGCAGGAUAUAUGCGAUCUGCUCGGUUACAUCCAUGAUUUCUACAGGGAGGCGCUCGAUCGGCUUCCGUUGGGGGCGAUUCCCUCGCUGGCCCCGCGCCUCCUCAAGGCCGGCAUGCCCAUCGGCUUCCUCGACCCAGUCUCCAACAUCAUCGCCAACACCAUCGCCUACACCCCUUCACCGACGCCUGGAUCCGACAAGGAGGAAGAGGAGGAUGAGGCGCCGUCGUCGGAGUGGAUCCUCUCCAAGAUCAUCACCGACACUAACGACAUAUUCGUCUUCGAACUACCGCUUUCCCGGCACAAGUCUAUGACCCUCGCGCGGCUGUCGCUGGACGGUCUUGUCAGCUUCCUCACCUCCCACUACCGCUACCUCGUCAGCAGGGAAGCCAUGAGCUACUUGCUCCUGGCCAGGGCCGAUCUUCUCACCGCUGUGCGCCUCAUCGAGCGUGAUCGUAACAAGUGGUGCAACUCCUUCAGUAUUACCUCCCCUACAGCCAAGGUCGCCCUGGAAUGUGCCGCUGUGUCUGCCAGGCAUCCUGAACCAGACGUCCUGGUGAAAGCGUCGCUGACUAUGGCCUCUCGCCUGGCCGAUGUCACCGCCGUUCUUGCUGGACAAGGCCCUCUCUCGCCUGCAACUAUCAGGAGCAUUGCCAAGCUGCUCAGGAGAGGGCCUCCGAUUAUGGAUGAUCUCACCAACCUAUCACUGGAUCAUCUUUGUGGUAAGAAGAAGAGUAAGAAGAGAAAGAGAAGCGAGCAGACAGCAGAAACCAUAGAGGGGAGCAGGGCACAGAAAAAGCUUGGUCCUCAGUUGACAUUCAGAUUCACACUGGCUCUGAAGCUUUUGCUCCUCGGCAAGAUCCAUGGGCACUACUUGCAGGCACUUGCCAAGCUGCCUCGGGAUGGCUUGCGCAAGCUUCACCACUGCAGCCUCCUCAGGGGUGGAUAUUGCUAUGGCCCCAAGGAUCCUGUCUCCAAGAUUAUCCUCAACACCAUCUGUUACCAGGACGCCUAUAGGCAAGCAGCCGUUGUUUCAUGGCAUGAUGACCCUGAUGCGCUGGUGAAAUUUGCCACGUCUUCCUUGAACAUGGAGUCCGCCCAGUUGUUAACUAUAUUGCAGGGCACACUCACCAACGGCAGAGUUGAAUGCCUCACCAUGGCUCUGCCACAUCAAUAUCCACCUACCAAGUCCGAGGAGCAGGCUCAGCAAGUGACCCAGGCGACCUCAAACUCACAUGUCUUGAGCAAAAACCAGAAAAGGUUCAUUUCAGAGUUGCAGAAAAAAUUCAGGCGCGACCAAAACUUCUUUGUCAGAAAGGUCAAGGCGGCAUUGAGGCACUACUCCCAGCAAAAAGGGGUGCACUAUAAACUUCAUAUCAUCUGCGGUGUGAAUCCUAGUGUACCGGGCGGAUCAAGUGCUGCUCUUUUCAAGAAGAGGUUCCGAUUUGAGUACUUCCAUAUCAACUUCUUGGCAACAGCUAAGGGACCAAAUUCUGCUGUUGCAGCUCCAGAAUUGUUCUUCGCUCAAUGUAGCAAUAGUGUCGAAGAGAGGCGGAAGAGACCAUCCUGGUGCUCCCCUGUAUUAGAUUCUCGCAUAGAUAAUGUUCGAUGCUUCUCUUGUGAGUUUAAUGGGGCAAAGAUUGUGCAUCCAUAUGAUGAAUUAUAUUGGGGGCGCUACAAAGAUUUCAAUAUCAUAGCUCAGGGAAAACAUGGCACUCCGAAUGAUCUUCUCAUCAGCUCCUCCCAUUAUCAUUCUGACAUGAUGGCCACAAUGACAGAAGAUUUUAUCUAUUUUGAUCCCAACACGGACUCGGAGUUUGCAAAGAUGAAUCCUAUUUCUAAUGUGGCUAGGGAGUUGAAAGGAUUCAAGGGUAGAAUCUUCUGAUAUUAUCUGGCUUGUAUGAUUGAACAUACUCCCUCCGUUCGGUAUUACUUGUUGUGAAAAUGGAUGUAUCUAGACGUAUUUUAGUUCUAGAUACGUCCAUUUCUGAGACAAGUAAUUCCGGAGGGAGUAACAUAUUAGCUGUUAUAGAUGUGGAUUGGAACGUGGAAACAUAUACUCCUUCCGUUCCUAAAUAUAAGUCGUUUUAAACAUUUCAAAUGGACUACAA